AUGAAAUCUAGAUCUGGUUCAAUCUCUGAAAUCGGAUUACAACAAAUGGAAAAAUCUUUGAGAAGAGCUCAGAAUCUUGGGCUUCGAAAAGAUAAAAUCAAAAGAGAGAGAGAAGCAUUAAAGAAAUGGCAGUCAGAAGUAAAACUUAAACAAAAAGAAGGAAGGAAUCCACUUUAUUUACAGAAGAAGGAACAAUAG